AUGCCGAACUUACAGUCAACGGGUACUGAUGCCAAUCACACUGUGAAUCCACAGUCGCCAGAUGAUGCCAACAGUAGCUUUGACGCCCUGAUAGACCUUCUCGCAUCGGAUGAUAUACAUGAUAUUGCGGUAGCGGGUUCACACCCUCAUCCCGACAUCCUGCUACGGGACGCAUCCGGCAAACUAGCUUUUGAUAAGAUCCGUCUCAUGUUCGCAACAAAAAAUUUAGGCCCUGAAAGAAUCGAUAACAAAUCGCCCGAUAUCCGUCCAGAUACCUACCAUUUGGAUGCGCAGCAUGCGAACGAUAUACAGGAUGUAUUUCACACAUCGCACUAUUCCUCCCCGGACGAGUUGGUUCGCACCAGAUCUGACGAACAAGAAUUUUUAUCGCGGGCGUCGGACGAGCCAAAUGCGCAAAUUACUAUCAUAAAUUCUCUGCCCCGUGAUAAGAUACCGCUCCCUCAUCAGGAUAGUUCCACAGAGAAAGUCAUGACGAGGCCCACAGACCUAGCUGCACCGCUGACGGAAUCUUCAUCUUUACAUGCGGGUACGGUCAAAGAUUUCACUGGACCACUUGACUUCGAAAAACUGAACAGCGCGCUCUCACACGCUACCUCUGAGAUCCACUCCCUCCGCGAUCACUAUGAAAAACUCCGCACCUUGGUCACGGAACGGCAUCUUCCGCCAAAUGGCUUACAAACAGAAAAACCUUCUGCUCAGCCCUCCGGCAAUCACACCAUCCCCUUAUAUCAGGCACAGGGUUCUGAUCUACAACGAGGUCUUGAACCCGCUCACUUGGAGGAAAUCUCAAACCUUUCCGAAUAUGAGGCAAAGGAUAUUCUCGCUGGACUGAUCACAUCACUACGACUGUCCCCUCGUUCUGUCAGAAACCUAGUUUCUAAGUUCUUGGACGAAGGUCCGAUUUGUCCACACCCCAGUAGUGUUGACGACGUCAGGUCUUCUAUGGAAUUCCUGGCGCGCAUCGACGAGCUAGUGUGGAAACGCUCUGUGCCUAUGAAUGGCGAUGGUCCGGAUCCACUGUAUUCGAGAGCGAAUACGGAUGCCCUCGUUCAGCGGUUGGCUCUGUGGGAAAAAAUUAUCAGAGCCCAUCACAAAGGCUAGAGCUGCGGCCCGUAAUGGCGUUUCGCAAAGAACCGUAUCUUACUCGGUUGCGUAACAGUUGCUUCUCUAUGCAUUUUUAUUCCGCGAGUCGGCUUCUCGCACCCCUCCAUGUUCUGUCAGGCUGGUGCACAGGUUAGUUCUUCUCCCGCGAUACAUCGUUCCUAUUUAUGAAUAAACUUGCCAUACUUUUGGAGGGUCCGGAUCAGUAAUGUCACUACUUUUAUGUCAGUUUAAAACUCAGUGCGGUCACCCCCUUUUAAGCAUAUAAAAGUCGACUGGAUGCAACUCAGUCCCCAACAUAUCGAUCAUGCCCCCCGUUUGUGCCCCCCUCCUUCGUGUCAUGCUCAGCACUCGCCUUGCCGGAAACAAUGCGGCGCCAACUACCAGUGACCUGCAGUGGCAGCCUGUUAUCGGUAUUGUAGCCGGUUUCCGUAAGUCACCGCUGUACGCCCGACCUCAAAGCUGACUCUGUUAAUGUGCCGA